AUGUGGGCGGUGGCGGCGGCUCACGUCUCCCCAGCCCCUCCCGGCAGACCUGGCGCAGGAACCCAAGCGGCAGCGGCAGACGAAGGCCCCGCGACGGGCCAGCGGUUCCGGGAGUUCUGGUUCAAGGAAACCCGGCAACAACUCGGUAAGACCCGACCCGGAGGGGAGCGCGGGCCACGUGGGCGCCGGGGGCCGGACGCGCCCGCAGUCACCUGCCUUCUUGGAGUAGCGUCUCCCGUGUCGGUCGGGCUCGGGGCCCCGAGGACCCCGCGCGGCCCAUCCCGGCGGGAAGACCCCAUCGCUAUGCGUCCUGUCCGCUCUCUUUCCGUCCGGGAGCGCGGUCCCCAGCAGGCCCGUGCCGCGAUACUCGGCUCGCACUGGUACUAG